GAGGGCCUCUUCAUGCCGACAUAACGCGAAGUGCACACCGAGCGCCGCCGCCGCCGCCGCCGCGCUAAGUGACAACACGGCCGUCUAAUGGGCCGACAAAUGCGGUGUGGCACAUUCAGCCAAUCAUCGGCCACCGCCUGGCACCUGCGACUUUGACCAGCCGUUUGCGUAGGCAAAUCAGGUGUCGCGCCGGCAGGUAAACGAGGCCAAAGGUCAAAGACGAGUGAACGGCGGCGUCUCCGUGCGGGAAACGAGCCACACCUGGGGGUCCAACGCCAACUCAUCCAAGGGAAUUAGAGAGAGAGAGAGAGACCCCCCCCAACCGUCUUUGGGGUCUGUAAAAGUGAAACGAUCGGCGCUGCUCGGAAGGCGACAGAAAAGAAGAAAAAGAAAUAAACAUAAAAAAGGUGUCUGCCAGGGCGGGCGGAGCCGAAGAGAUCCGCCUGGUGAAUCAGCCGAGCAGCGAGCUGUCCUGACACACGAAAAACGAGAAGAAGAAGAAGAAAAAGGAAAUCCGAGCGCAGAGGUCCACCCCCCAACCGGGCCUCUCUGCCCCAUAAACAAUCGCGCAGACGCCACCGGGCGCAGUCCUGCUGCUCCUCCCCGCACCUCCGAACGAAGACAACGAAAGUGCCUUAAGACCACCUCGAGGGACUUGCCAGUCUACGGGUCAAUUGUUUCCAUAUUUCUACAAAGAGGAGCCUGGCAGCUGAAGUGACUCACCCGUGCCAGCCAGCUUGAGUUUCUUCUGAUGCCAACCGUUAAAGGGACCCCCAUGAUGGCCAGGAUUGUUCUCCUUGUGGCGGUUUUGUGGCUGUCUUCCCUCCGGGCUUGCAGUGCCCACCAAGGACAUGGCCAGAUUGCAAUCCGGAACCUCGGAUGCCUCGUUUACGCUCUGACGUCUUUGAACUGCUCCUGGUCGACGGACAGAAACGUAUCUGGAGACACCAACUUCACGGUGUGGUUAAGGACCCCCAGCUCCCAUUUUUGCUCCCUCCAAGUCAAGAGAGCUGAAGAUUCGUUUUUCUGCCACUUUCCUCGGUUGACAUUUGAGAGCCGCGACCUAAAAGUGAACGUCAUCGGCUCGAGUGACACGUUCACCGUUAAAGAAGAGGGAGCCGUUUAUCAGCUGCUGAAUAUCCUGAAGCCAAGUCCUCCAUGCCACGUUCAAGCAGUGAGAGACGGGAAGAACAUCGAGAUAACGUGGCAGGAACCCCUGGCUGAAUACGGCAACCUGCAGCAGUGCAUGGACUACGAAAUCUGGAGCUCGUACGGCUACUUGAUGAAAGUUUCUUCCCCCAAAAAUUUGAGUGUCGUCAUUCCAGUGGAGGACCUCAGCCUGCCAGUGGCAUUUCGGCUGCUCACUCGAGGACAUGAGGAGUGCCCAUCCAGCGGGCACCCCAGUGAGUGGAGCCAAUGGACUGCGACGAUUUACUCGGAGGCGGACGAUUCAGAGCGCUGGAAGCUGUGGGGUCUCGGCGUGGGCCUGGCGCUGUCCCUGGUGGUCUGCCUGAUUGUCAUCGUGUUGUGCGUCAGAUUUGCAGUGAUGGACAAAAUCUUUCCACCCAUCCCUGACCCCAAAGACAAGCUGAAGGUGUUCCUGGAGACCCCCGAUGACCCGUCCAGUGCUUGGCUCAUGAGCAUCGCCAAUGAAGCGGAGGCCAAAGUCCUGGUGGUCCAGUGAGUGUGCAAAGCGUCGACCAGGGGGUCCACAGAAAGGCAGCGCAGGACUGAGCCCCCCUGUUUGGGCAGCUAUGUGCUCGGCUUGGCUGGAUUUGCACCGCAGGUUCAUCAGCGCCCCCCGUGGACGGUGUACUUAGUGCCUUUGCAAAAGCCCCCCUCCCCCCCCGUGUCACUGGCUAAUGGAUGGAGUGACCACCGUGAAGAACGGACAGGAAUGGCGCUGCGCCACGUCAAAGGACAGAGCGCCCGGUGAGGCUGCACAUCCCCAUCCUGGCAGGGUGGUCCCACACCUGGCUAUCCGAGGGGCCAUCGUCUUCAAGUCCGACUGAUUGUGGGCACUGGGACCACUUUAGGUGGCACGCCGGUGACAUUCUCAAAGCAGCCCUUUGUGAACACCCUGAAGUGCAGCAGCUGAGAGGCCCAACGUGCCCAUGGCUUUCACAUUCAGGGGGUCUUGCCAGUGUCUCGGUGGGCCUUUGACCCUCUGCUGUGGCGCCUUUCCCAUCGUCUUAUAGCUUGUGUGCUGCACUUGGCUGCUCUCCUGACUUUGUUAGCCCGAUGCUGGCGGGUGGCAUUUGAGCCUGCUGAGUGCCCAGACUGCCACUGACUUGGCCCUUCAUUGUGUUUGUGUGUUCACUGGGGUGCCCUCUGGUGGCCAUGGCAUGGCACUGUAGCACCUGGCAUGGCCUUUCUGCGACUUUUCUUUUUUUUGUAUAAAUUUGAAUGCUGCAGCUGAAUAAAUGGAUGGCACGGCCUGAAAUGCUGUCAUCCGCAGUUAU